AGGCAAUGGAGGACGACGAAGAGGAGGGGGAGGGGAUUGCGCAGCAGGGAAUACAGCGACCGGUGAUGGACGGGGUCGUGACAGGGAUGGUGAGCAACCAGAUGCUGGAAGUGGUGAUGGGAUUGUCGUCCAAGGCCGAGGAGCAGCAAUCAUCGGCCCUGGGGAGAAUGCGCAGGAUCCUCCAGAGCGAUGGCGAUGGCGAUGGCGAUGGCGGGGGUGAGUUCUUGGUAGAUUAUGUGCUCGCGUCUCCCAAAUGCGUGGAGCUCAAGAAUGCGAUCGAGGCCGGGCCCAAAGCUCGCAUUGCCGUGUCCACUCUCGUGGUUCUUGCCGAGGUAUUUCGUCACCCGGCGGGAUUGAGAGAGAGAUCGAGCUCUUGUUCUUCCAGAGAUGGGGAAGAAGGGAAGAGAUCGCUGGCAGUGCAGCUCAGGCUCGACAAAUUCGCGCUGUGGAUCGUGCAAACGAAGCUCAGCGAUGUCUACUCGCAUCUCUCGUCGGGGCAGAGGAGUCGAGAGAACGGUGCUCUGUGUCUCAUGUCGGCGAUCGUGUCGCGAGGGAAGCUUAUCGCCAAGCAGGUAGCGUCCAAGUUUGAUUUCUCGCUGGAAGCUCUGAAGAAACUCGCCAGGAAUACAGCCAAGAGCAAGCAGCAAUCCUCGAUCGCUUCGUCUUCUUCCAAAGGUGACAACACUCUCAAGCUUCCAACUCGAGCUUUCUUCAUCGAUUUCGCUCUGUCGUUCUUGGUGGCGGGGGAUUCAGGUCUGCUCAGGUGGAUUCUCCAGAAACGCGUCCUCUACGCCGGAGUUCUCCACGGCCUCGCGAGCGAUGACGACGACACAGUCACUCGCGUGCUCUCCAUUUUCAAGCGAAAGGUGCUACACGCUUCUUCUUUGGUUCCGCAAGGCAUCCAAGUGGCUCUCUUUGGUGAUGCUUCCUUGGAGCAGCUCCAGAAGAUUACUGCUCGAGAGAGGCCAUCGGAAGCAGUGGAUGUCGCGCAGGAAAUUCUGCUGGCGGUUUGCACGGAUCCGAGGCAUGGGAUUUGUCCCAGUGGUUCUUCGUGGGACGAGUUUCACAAGAGUAGUGGACAGUAUGGAGGUGGAGCCGGGAGAUUGCUCAGGUUAAUGCUGAAGCUCAAGGCCUCAGAGCUGGAUACUCACAGGGAGCUUCUACUCGCUAUUGCAAAUGCCAGGCCACUGCUAGCGGCUGCUUACAUUGAUGCGUUUCCUUAUUCUUUGGAACCUCGGACGUCCACAACCUGGUUCUCCGCUAUGUCGCUUGUAUCUUCCUUGGUGAGAAUCGCAAAUGCCGAAACACCAUUCGACAGAUACUCUGGAACGGCACCUCCGUCAACUGAAUCGUCUGUAGUACAGAGCUGCCUUCGUCGGGUUUUGCCGCAAGCGUUUUCACGGCCAUUGGUCAACAGGGCCCUUCUUCACGACGACAGUAUGGUGACGCAUGCCUGUUUGAAGCUGUUGCUGGAAGUACUUGCGGUGCUGGAGAGGCUGCUGCAAGCCAUACAAAGUAGACGACAAGGCUCCGAGUUUUCAGAAGAUUGGAUGAAACUUGGAACCUACAUCCAAGACAAGGCGAGGACGGUCUUACCAGAUGGUCAGACUCUGGUAUCUGUGCAUUCCUCGUUUAAAAGCACCACAGGCUCCAAGAGGAAACGCGACGAUUCUCAUGAAGAUGGCGUGAAGAAGAGGUUGAAAUCUACCAGCGGCAUCGCAGUAAAGCUUGAGCACAAGGAAGCAAGCUUGACAAGAUUGAAGGAGAUAUGGGGAGAAGACUUUGCCGAAGAAGAAGAUGGCACGACCUUCUUGCAAGCUAAGCUACUCGAUGUCUUCCGUGCGUACUUGGUUGUUCUGCCUCUUGCGCUAAGAGACAUCAACUUCGAUCCUCUCAAGUUCGUACCAGAGGACGCGAAGUGCCUUAGUUCGUCUCAGCAGCACUCUCUUGUGGCACUGUUGCUGUUAGCAAGACGCUCAGGCGCGCUGGGGGAUGGUCUUUACACAAGUUCCAAGCUGCUGACCAGGCUAGUGGUAAGCUUGAAAACCGUUGAGUUACGCCAGAAAGCUCACGUUCUUCUGGACGAAGCGUUGCUCAGCACUGGUGCGUUUGAAAACAACCCGUACGAGAUCUCGGUUUGGCUUCACAACUUGCCUGGUUGGCCGAAUGGUAGCUUGGACGAGACCAUCGCUACAUUCCUGUGUGACCUGGUGCUGAACGUCGGGAGAAACCUCUACAAGUAUAUGGACCAGCUGCAUUCUCUACUCACGAAAGGAACUGGUGAUGAAUUUGGACCUUUGGUUGUCUGCUCAUUGGAUGCGUUCGUGCGUCUUGCCCGUCCUGAGGCCAAGAGCUUAAAGAUACCUCAAAAGGCAGCUAUAUCAGCUUACCUCGCGAAUGUUUUAGAUUUGCUUUUACAUUCUCAGGUGUACCCUCGCAGUUUGGCGAUGGUUAUCACGGCAAUGCUGAGCAGCAACUGUGAGCCAAAUGCGUGCGAGUGGACUGCGCUGAAACUGUUGCUGCGUUCACUUGCGGCUACUUCUGUUUCGGAAAGAAAGAAGAGUGUUUCCCGGAGGGAAACUUGUUCGUUUAGCAAGCUGCAAGAUCUCUUGGAAACGUGCCGCGAAGACGAGUCUACUCCAAGCGCCGUCAAAGCCUUUGCGUUUGCAAGGUCUUUGUAUUGCGUUCAUCCUACGGAGCUCAUCGCGAAUUUUCACCAGCUCCUGGAAGUAUUCAACGCUACCUUCGCCGGUGAUUUUACAGUUCUUAAGUCUCUUAUUGGAGCAUAUCCUGAAGUUUUAUCCGAGGUGCCAGACUUGUUUUCUGCGGACCCGGUCUCUAUGGAGACCGACGGUCACCAGGUACAUUUACUGUCUUCUCUACUUCGACAGUGCUCGUUCACGGUCCUGUUUCGGGCUGCGUGUUAUAACCAUGGGAAGUUCUUGAACGUCCCACUGAUGGAGAGUAUGCUGCUGGAAGCUAUAUCACGCUUAUCGGACGCCGAAGUUAUAAUUUCCAUUCGAAUGCUCUUGCAUAGUAUCAACGACGAGUAUGCCCGGGGGUCAAGGCAGUACGACGCUCUUUUUAAGUUGCUGGGAGCAAUGGUAGCCUUGAGCCAGAGACUACAACCGGGUGACAUGGAGCAACUAGCGAAAGACGUCUUCUCUCAUCCCGUGAUCAGUGUCCAGUUUCUAUCAAAGGAGACGCAAAUCCAGGAGCAGCUUCAGUGGAAAAUCUGUCCUUCAGCUGGCCAUGACGAGCUAAAACAGAUGAUGGGAACUUUUAUGAAGUCGCUACAUCCGCUAAACUAUCACGUUCUUCUCUUGCUCGAACUCUUGUUAUCACACUCCGGGGACUCCUUACGUAGUUAUUGCGAGGUUCUGACUCAACGAGCUACGGAAACAUUCAUCGCAGAGCUGGAAGAAAGUCUUUCCGAAGGGAAACAAGUCGUCCCUUCGGCAUCACUGUUGUUUAUCUCGACCCUGGCGCCGUAUCUCAACCGGGACUUGUUCGUGAGGCUCAUGGAUGCGGUCCUAAGCAAAGUGGUUUCCAAAACUACGUCCGGAGAAAAAUCGUCGUUGCCCGAGAUGGUUUCGUAUCAGCUGGUGGCCUUUUAUCUUUCGAGCAUUGGCUUUCAAAAGUGUCAAGACUCAUCGGAGGACAGGCGGUGGUAUGAAAGUCAUGGAGAUCUGCUCGCUCAAAUAUUCAAUGCAACUCUCGAGCUUGCCAUGGUAUCGUCGCUGGAGAUUGCGAGUUCGUGCCUCCUUAUGGCUAUGAAGGUUCUUCUGCCAACGAAACUCCUGGCAGCGAUCGUACCUGUAGAAGUCUUGCACUGCAGCAUGCGAAACGCAAGCAGAGUGAAAGCUGAGAUUGUCACUCAUCUCGUGCGAGAGAACCCGGUGAUGAUGGUGGAGUUUGGACGUCGGGUGGCUGGCUUGAGUUUGGAAACAGCAGAGCAAGGAUCUAAUGUCUCGGAAAGCGAUCUUCUGCAACUUCUACCGGCGGCUUGGCACUUUCUCGAGAACUCCAGAAGUUUCAAAGGCUGCAGUGAAGACAUCGGCAUUCAGUUUAGCAAGGUCUACGGUGAUCUUCUCGCGAAGCGUUUUAUCGACUGGGAUACUACUUCCGGCGUCUGGGAUCAAGGUGAAGAGCACUAUGAGAAGUCUUUUCUCGCGACCAGCGUGAGCGUCUUGGAUCUAGCAGCUGACAUCCGUCCUCUUCAAGCGAAGCAGAAGUCUCGUAUACUUCGUUCACUGUUACACGAUACAACGGUGCUUGACACGGCCUCAUCGUUUCCAAGCUUGACAAACAGGCUGGUUGCCAAAGCUAGUUUGGUGAGGAUUCUACUUCUUCAACACGAGCAGGGUGAUGAAUCAUCGACUUCCGAGGUGUUGACAUUCAUCUCCGUCUCUCUUUCAACGAUGGCUGCGGUCUACAAGCAGUUCGAUGGCAAGCAAGAUGAAGAUAGUAGAAGUUUGGUGUUCCUCGAAGAACGCCUCCUUGGCGCCUGCUCUGACGCAGUGGAGCGGCUUUUAGCUGCCAGCUCGGGGCUCGUAUACAAGUCGAUCAAAAAGAUGGCGAAGACGCUUUUACGCUUCAGGUUUGGCAAGAUCGAGGCAAUGCGAGCGCUUCAACGAGUGUUUGUGAAGCUGCUGGAGAUGUUUAAAGCGGAGGACGGUGCACAGAUUCGCAAGCUGGUUACAGACGUUAUGGACUUCGUGACGGGUCAUUCGCAGUUUGUCCAGGCGUUGCUGGCGAAGAGUAAAGCGAGAGGCACUGCGCUUACUGAAAUACCGUCAAUUCUUUCGCUAUUUAACGACCGGGGAAGUGAGGGUGAGGUGCCAAUCGCGGUCUCGGAGGAAGAGGCGAGGUUUCAUAUCGUCAGACUGCUGCGGGUGCUCUACGCGUUCCGAGUUCGUCACAGAGAACACUUCAGUGUCGGGGAGGCUUCGAGGCAGACUUCAAUGGAGCUGGAAUCGCUUCUCUUGGUAGCCUACGGUGCAACUUUAAGCACUCUCGACCAGGAGAUAUUCUGUUUGAUGCACGAGAUCGAGACUUCAGAAGGUGACGGGUUCUCGGGAAUGAGCGAGAUGGAUUAUCUCUGGGGUGACGCUGCUCUGGAGAGGCGGAGAGACAAGACGGAGAGUGGCGGUGAAGAUUUAGUCCAGGAAAGCCUCGAGGAGAUGCGAAAACGUAGGUUCAAGGAGGAUCUUGCGCUGAAUCUGAGGAUGUGUGGCCUCACGGCGUUGCACUUUCCCAUGAAGAGAGACAUGUGGACUCCAGAAACUGUCCAGGUAUUUGAUGAUUCUCGACAAGAAGAGAACGCGGAAGUUUACGACCCAGCGUUUAUCUUGCCGUUCGCAAUGCAUGCUCUCUCUGUGGGAUGCAUCGAUGCUGAGGAGUUUGUACGGUCGGGUUUCCUUGCGAUUGCGUUUGCGAGUAUGAGCUCCAGUUUGGAAGCCAUGCGAAAAUAUGGCUACGAGCUCCUCGUGGCAUUUAGCACGCAUCUUGAGGUGCAGAGUUUUAAAGGAAAGUCCCAGAUAAACACACUGCUCGUGUUUAUGAAGAACGCUAUCAGUCAACCAUGGCAACGGAUACCAUCCGUAAUCUCUUUGUUUGCAGCCGAAGCCUCCUGCAUUUUAUUGCAUCCUGAAAGUCCAAACUACGUUGUUGUUAAUCGGUUUAUACUGCGAUCCCCCAGCAUAGAUUUACAGGCCAUUCCUCUUUUCCAAACUAUGUUUACAAGCGGAAGCACAAAUUCUCGCGGCGAGAGAAACUGGAUUGUGAAGCUGCUGAUUGCAGGGCUUGUUUCAUCGGCGGACGCUCUUAUCUAUCGUCGGCAGUUUGUAGCUGAGAUACUGAUGAGCUUUUGCACGUCGGCAAUGGCAGAUAUCUCUGCUCAGCAAUGGACUUUGAAGGUCUUAAAGAGAGCUGCUGCAAUAUCUUCGUUCGCGAAAAGCCUUAUAAAUAACACUGGUCUGCUUUCGUGGCUUGCUUCUUUAGCAAUCACCUCUUUGAGUGCACCAUCUAUCAAUUCCGAGGACGGAGAUGCAAAAUCGUCUUUUCAGGUUAUUGAGCUGCUUCUGUCAAGUAGGGGAAUCGAAACUCUUCUACUCGCCGAGGGCACUGAAGAGCUCUCAAAAGUCGCGUCAAUGCUCCUCCAUUUCGUCAGCACAGUGACUCCAACGUCCUGGGACGUGUGUGGCAAGCCUUUGUUUCGAAUCGUAAACACCGCGUUGAGGCUCUCACAGCGAAGAAACAAAUACCAGUCGGCUUUCAACUUGUCCUGGCGAUGUCUGCACGACAUAGCACAAAGCGUCCAAGCAGAACCUUUCUUGAGCGACAGGGAAACUAGACUCGGCGCGCUCGAGUGCUUGUUGCGAUGUCCACCACCUGAAGCGCGUGAGACACAGGAUCACGAAAGCUUCUGCUCGAUCACGAGGUGGGCAACGAGUGAAUUAAAUGGCACCGAGUCGAUCGCUCCCGUAUUUUUCCGCUGGUGUUCGUCAGCGGUGAUCCUCGGAUCAGUGCCAGAAAACGAACAACGAGGUUUUACGUCUUGGUGGUCUCUUUUCACGUACUUGAACGCUAAGAGAGCUUGCCUUCCUUCUUUCGAGCCGAUGCUUCCCAGGCUUUUGUUGUCCGUGAGUUACGACGGUGACGCGGGAAUGGCUGGCCUGGUAAAUGUUCUGCUGGUGGUUCUUUCUCGCCUCUCUAGAGAAAGGGAGGAUGAUGCUAAUCAGCGGUGGAUUCCAGACGAGAUGUAUAACGAGCUGAAAGUUGUCUUGAGCGAGUUGCCGUGUCCGGAAGAAUUGCAUCCUCUUUGGCGAUGGGGAUAUCACAGAGCAUGGUCAUCCAAAGAGCAUGACGGUGAAGUUUAUAGAGCAGUGCUGACACUUUUGCAGAGAUUUUAUGCUAGUCCGGCAAGACAAAUCUCGCAGCUGGAAGCGAGCUGGAAGAUUUGAAAAGGGAGUGGCUCCGAACAGAAAGUGGCCAUCUUCAGCGAUGCAGGUGGAAAACUUUCAUUCGUUUUUAUUCUUUUUUUCUACAGUUAUUGGAGAUUUUGCAGAUCGUAGAUAUAAUCUUUGCUCUUCUACCAACCAGUAAAGAGAACUCUCUCUGAUUGGUAGGUUCUAAUUGAUCGCCCAGGCAUUGGGCCUUUUCUUUUCUUUAAGGUCUGUCUUUAAGCCAUGCAGGUAAUGAAACUGCACAAUUGGUUAGUUGUGUCAAUCUAGCACCGUGUUUUGCACCAACAUUGGAGCUUAUCUUCCCUUUAGGGGGACUGCUGCAAAGCGAUCCUGUCUGGAUUUUAUGGUGGAAUGUCACCACAGAUCUUCCUCUCGCA